GCGAAGGGACACCCUAACGCAGCGACCCUCCCGCGGCCGCCCAGCCUACCGCCUAGACCGCUGCAGCUGUCCUCGGGUCGCAGGAAGCUCCAUGGUGGGAGAAGAAAUGUCUCUGAGAAACCGGCUGUCAAGAUCUGCUGAGAAUCCUGAGCAAGAUGAAGCCCAGAAAAAUCUCUUGGACACACACAGAAAUGGUCACAUUACCAUGAAACAGUUGAUAGCCAAGAAGAGGCAGUUGGCGGCAGAGGCAGAGGAGCUGAAGCCACUGUUUCUGAAGGAAGUUGGGUGUCACUUUGAUGACUUUGUGACCAAUCUCAUUGACAAGUCUGCAUCUCUGGACAAUGGCGGGUGUGCGCUCACGACCUUCUCCAUUCUUGAAGAAAUGAAAAACAACCACAGAGCCAAAGAUCUGAGAGCACCUCCAGAACAAGGGAAGAUAUUUAUUUCAAGGCGGUCUCUUUUAGACGAGCUGUUUGAAGUGGACCACAUCAGAACAAUUUACCACAUGUUCAUUGCCCUCCUCAUCAUCUUCAUCCUUAGCACGCUCGUGGUGGAUUACAUCGAUGAAGGAAGGCUGGUCCUUGAGUUCAGUCUCCUGGCUUAUGCUUUUGGCCAAUUUCCUAUUGUUAUUUGGACAUGGUGGGCCAUGUUCCUGUCUACACUGGCAAUCCCCUAUUUCCUGUUCCAGCGUUGGGCCCAUGGUUACAGCAAGAGUUCCCACCCACUCAUCUAUUCCCUUAUCCAUGGCGCAUUCUUCUUGGUCUUUCAACUUGGAAUCCUCGGUUUUAUACCAACAUAUGUUGUCUUAGCAUACACGCUGCCCCCAGCCUCCCGGUUCAUUCUGAUACUUGAGCAGAUUCGUUUGGUAAUGAAGGCUCACUCAUAUGUCAGAGAGAAUGUGCCACGAGUUCUAAGUGCAGCCAAGGAGAAAUCGAGCACGGUUCCAGUACCCACAGUCAACCAGUACCUGUACUUCCUGUUUGCUCCUACACUUAUUUACCGAGACAGCUACCCCAGGACUCCUACUGUAAGAUGGGGUUAUGUUGCUAUGCAGUUUUUACAGGUUUUUGGUUGCCUGUUUUAUGUGUACUACAUCUUUGAGAGACUCUGUGCCCCUCUGUUCCGGAAUAUCAAACAGGAGCCCUUUAGUGCUCGUGUCCUGGUCCUGUGUGUAUUUAACUCCAUCUUGCCAGGUGUGCUGAUGCUGUUCCUUUCGUUCUUUGCCUUUUUGCACUGCUGGCUCAAUGCCUUUGCUGAAAUGUUACGCUUUGGUGACAGGAUGUUUUAUAAGGACUGGUGGAACUCUACAUCGUACUCCAACUACUACAGGACCUGGAAUGUGGUGGUCCACGACUGGCUCUACUACUAUGUUUACAAGGACCUCCUCUGGUUUUUCUCGAAGAGGUUCAGGCCUGCCGCCAUGUUGGCCGUGUUCGCCCUGUCAGCAGUGGUGCACGAGUACGCCCUCGCUGUCUGCCUGAGCUACUUCUACCCAGUGCUCUUCGUGCUCUUCAUGUUCUUUGGAAUGGCUUUUAACUUCAUCGUUAACGACAGUCGGAAAAGGCCAGUCUGGAACAUCAUGGUUUGGGCUUCCCUCUUCCUCGGCCAUGGAGUCAUUCUGUGCUUUUACUCUCAAGAGUGGUAUGCUCGACAGCACUGUCCUCUGAAGAACCCUACAUUUCUGGAUUAUGUCCGGCCACGGACCUGGACUUGUCGGUACGUGUUUUAGAAGCCCUGGCUCUGCCUCCUU